UUAUUUAUUCCACUGGCAACCUUAUACUCGGUUACUGUCAUGUCGGAAAGAGAAAUAAAUUGAAACAAUUGAGAAAAUAUCAGAAUAAAAAUACAUAUUUAUUUUACGCUCGAGCGUUAUUUUGUUGAUCUACAUUACGGCUAAAAGUCUCAUUACGUAUAUUAAUGAGGAAUCACAAUGAAGAAUUUCUGCCUAUGUAAAUAAGCCAUUAAUUGAAGAAACCUUAUAGGUGUCUGUUUUGUUUGUAUAAUCACCAGCAUUCGAAAUGAUGAAAAAUACUUUAACUAAGGAUAAACCAGGCAAAAUGAGGAUCCGAGCCUUUCCUAUGACUAUGGACGAGAAGUAUGUGGAAAGCAUAUGGAGUUUACUUAAAAAUGCAAUACAGGAAAUACAAAAGAAAAAUAAUUCUGGACUUUCAUUUGAAGAACUAUAUCGUAAUGCAUAUACUAUGGUCCUCCAUAAACAUGGCGAAAGGCUCUACACUGGGUUGAAAGAAGUAGUCACGCAUCACCUUGAAACAAAAGUCAGAGAAGACGUUCUGCACUCAUUACACAAUGGUUUCCUGCAGACUUUAAAUAAUGCAUGGACGGACCACCAGACCAGUAUGGUGAUGAUACGUGACAUACUUAUGUAUAUGGACAGGGUAUAUGUGCAGCAAAAUGAAGUGGACAAUGUUUACAAUUUGGGACUUAUUAUUUUUAGAGAUCAGGUGGUCCGUUACGGCUGCAUCCGCGACCACCUGCGGCAGACGCUGCUGGAGCUGGUGGCGCGCGAGCGGCGCGGCGAGGUGGUGGACCGACUGGCCAUCCGCAACGCCUGCCAGAUGCUCAUGGUGCUCGGCAUCAACUCACGCGCCGUCUACGAGGAGGACUUCGAGAAACCGUUCCUGCACCAGUCUGCAGAGUUCUAUAGGAUGGAAUCUCAGAAGUUCCUAGCAGAGAAUAGCGCGGCGGUAUACAUAGCGCGCGUGGAGGCGCGCAUCGGCGAGGAGGCGGAGCGCGCGCGGCACUACCUGGACGAGAGCACCGAGCCGCGCGUCGUGGCCGUGCUCGAGCACGAGCUCAUCGAGCGGCACAUGAAGACCAUCGUCGAGAUGGAGAACUCUGGCGUGGUGCACAUGCUGCUGCACACGCGCACGGCGGAGCUGGCGUGCGUGUACAAGCUGCUGUCGCGCGUGGCGGAGGGGCUGCGCACCGUGGCGGACGCCGUGUCCGCGCACCUGCGCGAGCAGGGCCGCGCGCUGGUGCAGGAGCCGCACCACAACACCAACGCCAUCGCCUACGUGCAGAAUCUCCUUGACUUGAAGGACAGAUUUGACCACUUCCUACAUAACUCGUUCAACAAUGAUAAGAUAUUCAAGCACAUGAUCGCCUCGGACUUCGAAUACUUCCUCAACUUGAACAACAAAUCGCCAGAGUUUUUGUCUCUUUUCAUCGAUGGCAAGCUCAAGAAGGGCGAAAAAGGCAUGAGCGAGCAGGAGAUCGAAGGCGUGCUGGACAAGACGAUGGUCCUGUUCCGUUUCCUGCAAGAGAAGGACGUGUUCGAGCGGUACUACAAGCAGCACCUCGCCAAGCGGCUGCUGCUCAACAAGUCCGUCUCCGACGACUCGGAGAAGAACAUGAUCUCCAAACUUAAGACUGAGUGCGGGUGUCAGUUCACGUCGAAGCUGGAGGGCAUGUUCAAGGACAUGACGGUGUCCAACACCAUCAUGGAGGAGUUCAAGGAGCAUGUGCUCUCGUCGGGGACGAACCUGCACGGCGUGGACCUGUCGGUGCGAGUGCUCACCACGGGUUUCUGGCCCACGCAGAGCGCCACGCCCAAGUGCAACAUACCCACGCCGCCGAGGAACGCCUUCGAUGUCUUCAGGAGCUUCUACCUGGCCAAGCACUCGGGCCGGCAGCUGUCGCUGCAGCCGCAGCUCGGCUCCGCGGACCUGCACGCCGUGUUCCGCGCGCUGGACGCGUCGCCGCCGCGGUCGCCGCCCGCCGCCGCCGCCGCGCCGCCGCAGGCCCGCAAGCACAUCAUACAGGUCUCCACGUUCCAGAUGUGCGUGCUGCUGCUCUUUAACAAGAGGGAGCGACUCACCUAUGAGGAAAUCCUGAACGAGACGGACAUCCCGGAAAAAGACCUGGUGCGAGCGCUGCAAUCGCUGGCCAUGGGCAAACCGACGCAGCGCGUGCUCAUCAAGCAGCCCAAGACCAAGGACAUCGAGCCCGCACACCACUUCUACGUCAACGAUGCAUUCACCUCCAAACUGCACAGAGUAAAGAUUCAAACGGUGGCAGCGAAAGGGGAGUCUGAGCCGGAGAGGAAAGAGACACGCAACAAGGUGGACGAGGACCGCAAGCACGAGAUCGAGGCGGCCAUCGUGCGCAUCAUGAAGGCGCGCAAGAAAAUGCCCCACACGCUGCUGGUGGCGGAGGUGACGGAGCAGCUGCGCGCGCGCUUCCUGCCGUCGCCCGUGGUGAUCAAGAAACGCAUCGAGGGGCUCAUCGAGCGCGAGUACCUGGCGCGCACGCCUGACGACCGCAAGGUCUACACCUACGUCGCAUAGGGCAUCGCACUUCAAGAUUGUUCAUUCCUUGAAUGGCGGGUGCAAAGUUAUAACUGAUAGAAGUAACAAAAGUAAUUAAAUUAUUUCAAAAUAAAACUUUAUAGUUAUUA